GGGGUAGAGGACAAGAAGGGGCCGGAAGGGGGUGGCCGCCGGCUGGGCCCGCCCCAGGACCGCCUCUCCGCGGGUUCCGUUGGCAGUGGCGGUAGCUAAGGCUGUGGCGGCGGUGGCCGCGGGGCAGGCGUAAGAUGGCGUCUGCGGCGGCGGGAGCCCUGGGCCUUCUGUGGGGCUGGCUGUGGAGUGAGCGCUUCUGGUUGCCUCAGAAUGUGAGCUGGGCCGAUCUGGAAGGUCCGGGAGACGGCUACGGCUACCCGCGCGCCCGACACAUCCUCUCGGUGUUCCCGCUAGCGGCGGGCCUCUUCUCCGUGAGGCUGCUCUUCGAGCGGUUUAUUGCCAAACCCUGUGCACUCCAUGUUGGCAUUGAGGACAGUGAUCUUCAUCUGGCUCAACCCAAUGCCAUCCUUGAAAAAGUGUUCAUAUCUAUUACCAAGUAUCCUGAUGAGAAAAGGCUGGAGGGCCUGUCAAAGCAACUGGACUGCGAUGUCCGAAAAAUCCAACGCUGGUUUCGCCAUCGGAGGAAUCAGGACAAACCCCCAACGCUCACUAAAUUCUGUGAAAGCAUGUGGAGAUUCACUUUUUAUUUGUGUGUAUUCUGCUAUGGAAUUAGAUUUCUCUGGUCGUCACCUUGGUUCUGGGACACCCGACAGUGCUGGCAUAGUUAUCCAUAUCAGCCUCUCACAAGAGAGCUUUACUACUAUUACAUCAUGGAAUUGGCUUUCUAUUGGUCUCUUAUGUUUUCUCAGUUUAUAGACAUCAAAAGAAAGGACUUCCUGAUCAUGUUUGUACAUCACUUGGCCACCAUCGGGCUUAUCACCUUCUCUUAUAUCAACAAUAUGGUUCGGGUAGGAACUCUGGUCCUGUGUCUACAUGAUGCCUCAGACUUCUUGCUGGAAGCUGCCAAGCUGGCCAAUUAUGCCAAGUAUCAGCGACUCUGUGACACUCUUUUUGUGAUCUUCAGUGCUGUUUUUAUGGUAACUCGUCUAGGAAUCUAUCCAUUUUGGAUUCUGAACACAACCCUCUUUGAGAGUUGGGAAAUGAUUGGGCCUUAUCCUUCCUGGUGGCUCUUCAAUGGCCUUCUCCUGAUCCUACAGGUUUUGCAUGUCAUCUGGUCCUACCUUAUUGCACGAAUUGCCUUCAAAGCCUUGAUCAGGGGAAAGGUGACCUGCCAAGGAAGGAUUAGACCCAGACUCUGUACUCUUCACUCUUUUCUCACCUCCUUCUUUUUUUCUAUGCCUGGUGGGAAUUGGACAGUUUCAUCUCUUGCAUGUUUCCAAAGAUGAUCGAAGUGAUGUGGAAAGUAGCUCAGAGGAGGAAGAUGAGACCACCUGCAAAAAAACCCUCUCUGGCAGCAGCUCCAGCAAUGGUGCCAACUGGGUGAAUGGUCACAUGGGAAGAAGUUACUGGGCUGGAGAAUAAGAUGGUUGGCAUGGGAACUUCAGUACACAUGGACUUAUAGGACCACUGGCAAUCUACUCCUCUUGGGCCUCCCUACAUCUACACUCCUAUGACUAAAGAGACUGUCAGCCAUUGAGGAGAAUCAAAGAAACGAAUAUUCACUUAAAAAAAAAACUCUUCCAUUUUGUAUUUAAUAGCCUUCAAGUCCUUUCUAGUAAUGUUAUUAUUUGCUGUUUGUGUUUGUGUGUUUGUGCAUGUGCAUUUUGCAUAUGCGUGAGUUUUCUUUCCUGGGGCACAAUCCUGCCUGGACUGGGUCCCCUUAGCCUUGCCUGGUCCCUUUUGAACUCACCUCAAUCCCAGAUUUGGCUGCAUCUUGAAUUAUGUUAUCUCUGGACUGUCUCCUCCAUUUUGGAUCAUGGUUUUUGAGAUUCCAAAUUCCUGGACCAUCUGAACCAGGUUCAGCUCCAGGUUUCUGCACUGUUCCUCUUUUGGAGCAGAAAUAUUUCAUAUGAUGAAGUUGUAUAGAAACAGAAAACAUUGGAUGGAUGCCAAGAUUGCUCUGGCCCCUAGCUAGAUCCCCUUUCUACCACCUGAUGACAGGAACAAACAACUGCUGAAUCCCUGCUCUUUACUCAAUGGUACACAGGGAGGUGGGUGGGAGAGGGUGAGCUGAGGGGCUGGAGGAGGACAACAGCCACUGGGUGUGCUGUUAACGGUUUUAUACUAUUGUUUACUUGUCUGUGAUUAAAGUGCUUCAAGUCUCCUCCUACUGUCUCAA